UGGAUGUUUGGCCUAGUUUGGGACUCCAUCCAGAAUGAACUGAACUCUCUUCAAAGUUGUUUCAACGGUCUACAAGAUCGGUUGUUAACCAUAUCGUAACCGUAAUAAUCGUACGUAUCACAAUCGUGUUAUUGUGUGGCAAUGCACUUGACUUGUCUUUUUCUAUUGAUUUGCACGCUUAACUUUGCCACAUCUGUGGAACGAACUGUGAGUGAUGCAACCGUUAGUAGCACUUUGGCUCGUUUGCCAUUUUUUGGCGGCGGUGUUGGCCAAUUGUUACGGUAUAUAAGACCCUUGGAUACAGUCAAUGGUAAUCAACGACGUUCCGAGCUGCGUAGUGAGCUCGAUAUCAACUACAUUAGCUAUAGAGGAAGUCAGUUGUGGAAGUUAAAUUUUAAUGCCACACGAAUGGUUAAUGAUGAUGACGAAGAUGAAGACGAUGUUAAUCAAAAGACAUCAGCCAUAAUGCCCGGGCCAACGGAUGCUGAAUUCAGCCAGAUGGUUGAACGUUACGGUACUGAGGUAUGGAAUAUUAAUCAGGAUGGCAUCGAUAUUCUAAUCGAUCAAAAGAAUGUGGCUGCAGCCCGUGAGUUUAUGGAUAAGGCUAGCUUUAGCUACAACAUUAUGAUUGAUGAUAUUGAAAAGGCCAUUGAUGAGACAUAUACCGAGGCAGUUGUUCAGGACUCAGGCUUAAUGGAGUUGAACAAUAAUUCACAUCCUUGGAUGGAACGUGAAGGUGUUUUAAUGACAUGGCGACGUUAUCAUGAUCAUGCUGAUAUACAGCAGUUUUUGCAAAACAUAUUGGAAACUCAUUCCGAUUUGGUUGAGAUCAUACAAAUUGGUUUAACACGCAAUAAAAGACCAUUGGAGGUCCUAAGAGUAUCGAAUGGAAAUCCAAAUAAUUGGGCCAUAUUCGUGGAUGCUGGUCUACAGGCACGGGAUUGGCUAAGUCCUGCUGCUGUCACUUAUGCCAUAUCGAAGCUAACUUGGCUCUGGUCAAUGAAUGAACUCGAUAGACAUAUGCGACAUAUUGAUUGGUAUUUUCUACCCAUCACCAAUCCCGAUGGCUAUCAAUAUUCCCGCCUAACUGAUCGGCUAUGGACCAAAAAUCGCAACUAUGACAGUUCCACGGGCUGCUAUGGUGUCAAUUUGGAUCGUAACUUUGAUCAGGGUUGGAGCCAAUCGGGUGGCUCGUCUGCGAAUCCCUGCAAGAAUCUCUAUAGCGGUUCGAACAGUUUCACCGAAAUCGAAACACGUGCCAUGCGUAAUUUUCUCGUCAGUUUGGGUAAGGAUUAUUUAGGAGCUUAUAUCUCGUUUGGCGGCUAUGGUCAGAGUAUUACAUAUCCAUGGGGUGACGCUGACUAUGUGACAGAGAAUCAACGACAAUUAAAACAAACGGGCCGAGAAGCUGUACGCAAUUUAAGACGUUUAAAUCAUGCGGAAUAUAGUCUGGGUACAAGCUAUCGUCAGAAACUUGCCAGGCCAGGAAAUUCCGCCGAUUGGGUACAGCAGCGAAUUGAACCGCAAUUUGUGUAUAAUGUAUUCCUAAAGGAUCAGGGUCGAUAUGGUUAUCUAAUGCCACCGCAUUAUAUUGUCGAAUCCGGUGAAGAGGCCUAUGACUUUUUAAGCACAAUUGCCAAGAAUUUGAAAUGAUGAUGAUAUCAGAUACAAAUUGACAGAAGCGGGCAGAGUUCC